AUGAUUGGAGGUUACAAGUGUGCGUACUCCAGUCUUUAUCCUACAUUCAGGACAUUACUAGCUAUUGACUACAAUUUCAAGAAAAAGAAAGUUGCAGUAAUCUGCGAUAUUGAACAGAUGUUCUACUCAUUUAGUGUUCUCGAGAAGCAUAGAAACUUGCUUCGCUUUUUAUGGUUUAAAGGAAAUGACCCUUCCCUUCCUUUGGUAGAAUAUCGCAUGUGUAAACAUGUCUUUGGGAACAGCCCUUCCCCUGCAAUAGCUACAUACGGUCUUCAUAAAUCUGUAGAAAGGUCUGAUCAAGAUGUGCAAGACUUUGUGAAAAGAGAAUUUUAUGUAGAUGACGGCUUGUCCUCGCAUACAACAGCUGCUAUUGCUGAUGAUUUGGUUAAACGAACUCAAGUACAUUAA